AUGGCAGCGGGGGAGGCUGAAAAGGGCUCAGCCCGGUUGACAGGUGGUCGCACUCGGGCGCGAACAUGGGGCGCAAACUCUGAUUCGAGGAAAAAGGGACCAACUACCCGUGGGACGGGGACGAGAUCGGCCGCUGAUGUACAUUGCGAUCGCCGCUGCUUGUACUGGAGUGGCCAAGAUCAGCCAUUGUCGUGGGCUCUGAGACUGCCAGACUCGGAAAGUAACUAG